AUGGAUGACAACGAACUUUUACACGAACCAUUCGAUUACCAUGAUUUUUUUGGGGAAAAUACUGAUGAUUACCAUACAUUGACAUGUGCAGAAACAAUCCAUGUGUCGACAAAUGAAAAUCUUGGCCAUUUAAAUUCAAAUCAUGGGCAUACACCUAUAAAAAAUCGACCAACAGGAAGUGUUCUAAUGGCUACGACAACGGAUGAAUAUUUUAGCCCGGGGCUCAAUGUAACAAAUGGACAAGUAAUUAAAGCAGAAGGAACUAUUCCAACAACAACACAAUAUUUCAAUGGUAACGCAAAUCAAUUUAAUACCAACCAGCAACAAACAUUUACAUUUGAUAAUAUUGUUUACAAUACAUCAAUUGUACCUAAUCAGCCGAUGUAUAAUAUUCAACAAAUUAAUUUACAAACAAUUAAUAAACCAGUGAUCACACCAGCGAGUGCGUCACCACCUCCGCCCCCAAGAGUUUACAAACCUUGCGUAGUUUGCGGUGAUAAAAGUUCUGGAUAUCACUACGGUGUAUCAAGUUGUGAAGGAUGUAAAGGCUUCUUUCGACGUAGUGUUCAGAAAAAUAUGACAUAUCAAUGUCAUAAAGAUCAAAACUGUGAAAUCAAUAAGAUGACGAGAAAUCGAUGCCAAUAUUGUCGUUUUCAAAAAUGCUUUUCUGUUGGAAUGAGUAAAGAAGAAUUACGUUUAUCAAAUCAAGCGAAGAAAUUAUUGAACGAAGCAGAUCCGAAGGCUGCGAAUACACGUGUAGAACGACCUGCGAAAAAACGACCGGCAGCCAUUGUGAAACGUUCGAUUGAUGAAGUGCAUCAUAUUCAGUCAGCAGAAUAUCUACCUGUUCUUGCGCCUAAACUACCGACGACACGCCUUAUUGUUGAGAACAACUCGGACGAUGAAAAACUAAUUAAAAUUUGUGUUAAUCUACACAAAUCAACAUUUAAUUUCAAACCAUCACAAGAAAUCGACGAAAAACCAGAUCUUCGUUGGCAAACUGCUGAUGAGUUUAGUCAGAAAGGAAUUAUGCAAUGCAUACAAUUUUGUAUGCAAAUGCCUGGAAAUACAGAAUUGUCUAUCCAGGAACGUGCGCAUCUACUCAAAUUAGGUGCGCAUGAAGUUGCUCUACUUCGUUUAGCUUAUCGAUAUGAACCAGAAGAAGACAAACUAUAUCUAUCGAAUGGUGCUUGCGUCGAUGAACAUACACUUAUGACGCAAGGUUUUGGAUGUUAUGGACACACGUUUUUACAAUUUUGUCGAAUCUUCAGUCGAUUAGAAUUAACCAUCGAAGAAUUUGUCCUACUUUGUUGUAUUGUUUUCUUCAGUUAUGAUCGUAUUGAAGGACAAAGCACAAGAUUGAAAGUAGAAGAACUCCAGACACGCUAUUGUGAGGUAGAAAGAUUGCAUAUAUCGAGAAAUCGUGGGAAUGAUCCAAUGCAUUUUACCAAAUUACUCUUAUUACUAUCGAAAUUACGUGCACUUGAUGCUCUGAUUGCUGAACGUCUCCUCUGUUUACAAAUGAAUACCGAUGGACAAGUACAGAAAUGUAUUUUCGAAGUUCUUCAUCGUGAAGCAACAAACGUCGUAGUGGAUAUGGAAAUUGAUUUUCUUGAUGCUGUUGAUACAAAACCGGAUUAUAGCUGGCUUGAUUACUCUCCUAGUGAACAGCAGCAGCAGCAGCAACAACAACAACAACAAACGACGACGACGACAACUUUAAUUUCGUUGGCAUCGCAACAAACGAUAAUCAAUAAUCAUAAUUAA